AUGGCGUCCGAUACGUCGGUCGAAGACAAUCCCUUCGUCUCUUGGGGCAAAUGCUACUACGAUGACACUGGCGACGAAGCACCUUCGCGAUACAUACCCUGCGGCAACGUCAACUUCGGCCAUGUCUCAUGUUGCGAGUCCCAAGACAUGUGCCUGUCGUCCAAUGCCUGCUACAAUGGUCAAUUCGGAGUGACCUACCUUGCUGGCUGCACAGACAAGGAAUACAAAGAUCAAACAUGUCCAGACAAGGGCAACUUCUAUGAUGACGCGUGGCUUGGCUUAGUCUACUGCAAUGGGACCUCCAACCAGUGGACGGGCUGUGAGGCGAACCGAGGCGUCAAUACCGUUACGACAAGGCAGCCUUGCUGGUGCCCAAGCACAAGCCGAACCGUCGCCUUCAUUGAUGCCGCAACAUUAGCCAACAAAGCCAGCUUGCCUACAGCGACCGGUGAAAGCAUCGAUUGGAAGGGCGGAUUUCUGCCCACGGCCACGACGAAGCCUGAGACGACGUCAACGACGAGUAUCUCAUUGAGCACCAAUGGAACAAUCACAACAGCUCCCACCCCGAGCACAACACUACUACCCACUGCCACAAGUUCCGAGACGGCGAGCAACAGUGUGCAUAACGGCCUCGCAACCAAUAUCAAGCUCGGCAUAGGACUCGGAGCCAGUUUCGGUGCAAUCAUAAUCCUCAUCAUCGCCCUGCUCGCAUUCAGAAGAUGUCGGAAGAAGCGAAAGAAUGCAGUCGCACCCGAGAACGAUCCUUCCAGACCUCCGCAACCCAUCCCGAUCUAUCCUAAUCAAGAUCCCAACGCCGCGCUACGGAGUCCUACGUGGAGCGGUCACAAGUCAGAGCUGGACGCCAUCGGCACAGCAACGACAACGUCACCAAGAUAUGCCAGCGGUGAUUUUAGUAGCACAAAGAGCGAGGUUGAAGGCAGUCCAGCACUAGGUGGCGAGGGAAGACCUGUCAAAGACGGUGGUUGGGAGAUGCCGGGGAAGCUUGGGACGGUGUAUGAGGCGCCAGCUUGA